AUGGGCCCGAAGCGCUACCUUGUGCUCUUUCAGUACCGCAGGACGCACUAUAGUGGUGCUGUACGGACGCCGGCAGAUCAGCCCGUGUUCGGGGUCCAGAAUUAUUUGGAGCAGGCAGCCCAGAAUCUCAAACCUCUCGUUCCCAUCAAGUUCUGCAUCUCCAGCGAGACAGAUGCUGGCGUCCACGCCUUGUGCAACUCAGCACACGUUGACAUCCAGAAGGAGGCUGGGAAGCCGCCUUUUCCGGGGAGCAUUCUUGUCUCCUCUCUCAAUCACUGGCUGAAAUCUGAAGAGAUCCAAAUACUGAGUGCCUGUCAGGUGCCCGAUGACUUCCAUGCACGCUUCUCUGCCUUGUCAAGAACCUACAUUUACCGGCUAGUGGUGGGCUGCUCUUACAACUCCCAAAUACCUGUGUUUGAGAGAGAUCUGUGUUGGGCUCCCAGAGGAGACCACCUGAAUGUGCCAGCCACGCAGGAAGCUGUGCAGUUCCCGCUGGGCACCCACGAUUUCAGCGCUUUCCACUCCAUCUGUGCCACCAUGCCUCCCAAGUCCCCAAUUAAAACCCUCAUUCACGUAGACCUCAGACCCUUUUCCAGCUUCCUGUCGUACCACUACAUACAGAGGCGGUUGCAGUUUUGGGAGCUGGAAUUCAGGAGCCAAUCUUUCCUUUACAAGCAGGUGCAAAGGAUGGUCGGGGCGCUGGUAGCAGUUGGCCAGGGGAAGCUGAAGCCUUAUCACAUAAAGUUGCUGCUGGAAGUGAGAGACUCGCUGGCCUACCCCCAUAACACCAUUGCCCUGGCUGCCGGGCUCUUCCUGAAAUCUGUGGAGUAUGAUGAUGCCAACUUGCAGGCAGCGGGCGCAGCAGGAGAAUAGCAUCUCUGUGCCAUACCGCCGCUGCGCGGGGAAUGGCCCUGGCACUGGAGGACGUGCAGAGGAGGCUUCUAGGACUCUUUGUACCAUGAUUUGUGUCUGGGUCUCAAUAAACCCCUUUGACUGUGACUAGAGGCAUCUUCCCAUCUUUUGUCCUCGCCCUCAGCACCUUCCAAGGAAUGGUGAUGCUGGGCAUGUAGCUCCUAAGCUACAUGGGUCAGAGCAAUGGUACGGGCCCUCCCUGCCACCCACCCACAGGGAAGGGCACAGAAGUGUGGGUGCACGUGGGGGAAGAGGGGGUUUCCAGCCUCUUAGAGCUGCAGUGCCCAGGUCAGUCUCAAAAGUUGUCACCAGCAGUUGUCCGAUGGGCAGUGAGCAGAGGGGGGCUGGCUGUGUUAGCUCAAGUUUAGCUCAGCCAUGUGCAGUUGGAUCUUAGUAGUCACUCACAUGCACACACACAACUCACACACACACACACGGUAUUAGAUGCUGGGCACAUUUAAAAUGAUGACACUUGGGUUAGGCUUAAUUCAUCCCAUCAGGAGGCCAAGGUUCAUCUCCCAGGUCAGCUACUGGGAGUAUAAGUAGAGCUCCUUUUCUGUCUAUAGGAUUGGCUCCUGCUGUCUUAAGCUAAAGAUCAUUUCUGCUUUCUCCAAAGACAAAAGAAUCUGAGACAAGCCUCAGAGUUUGUGGGUGAGAUAGAAAGCAAACCAGAAGCUUUCCUGUACCUUUACUAUUUGAGCCACGCUACAGGUUGUUUUGGAUCGUACCGGUGGUCCAGGCAUAGACAUGCUGCUGGGUAGAGAGAGAGAAAAGAAGAGCUAUGGGACUUUUUUUUUUUGAUGUACAAACCACAAGUUUUAUUUACAGACCUGACUGGGGGACUAAGCUCCAUGUGGCCUAUGGCUGGCUUUCUUGUGAAUAGCACCAAACACCAGCUUUUCCUGUUUUGGAGACAAAUUUGGUUUGUUCACACCCACGGUAGAGGCAGUUGGGCCCUGUGGCGCCUUAGUUCAGCAAUGCUGAGCACUGAUUUCCAUGGCAAAUGAAAGUCAGAGCAAGGUGUUGAAUGUGAAUGCUUUAUGCCAAGAUAGUUUGCUGCGUGAACUUAGCCUUUAGGUAGAGGGAGUUGUUCUCCACUGCCACAUUUUUCUCACCUGCUGCUGACUCAUUUUAGUGCUGCCCAGCAGGUGCUGCAGGACUUUUUAUUCUACGGUGCCAAAAUUUUUGUCUUCUGGAUUUGCCAGAAAAGCAGCAUGUGCAGAUUCUGUAGUGAAAAGCUUAGUUAAUGUCAUGUUAUGGGACCUGCUGUCAGCAGUGCUGUUGCCCCUUUUCUCGUGGUAACGACUCGCAAUGGGAGAAAAAGUCAAAUGCAACAUGGCAAACAUAUCAGGACGCCUCAUUGAACACCUGGUGCUGCUUUUCAGAAGCCCACCAGCUGCUCCUUCAGGUAAACUGGUGCUGUCUGGGGGAGGGAAUGGGCCCUUUGAUGGCAAGGGUCAUCAGUGAGGGACACUUGGUCCUGCCUUGAGGAGUGGCAUGGAUUGACUGACCUCUGGAAGGCCAGUGCUGCUCUCCACUCCUGUGAUUCUUAUGAGUUUCCCAAGGUACAAUAACACACUUUGUCCCCUUUCUUCCAUUCCUGGGAGCAGGUUUAUCAAGAGACUGACUUCCAGCUGCUAACCAGCAGAGGUAAAAACUGCCCCCUUAGUUGCAGUUUCAGCCACAACUGGUUGGCUUUUACCUGCUUCCUUCCCUGCCUUGUAGCACACGAAGGAAUUGGGAGCUGCCGUCUUAGCAGUAGCAGUUCCUCUUGUGGGGAGCCCUGGAAAACACCACCACAGGCGGUCACCUAGGAAAAGAAAGUGAAUAGUGUGGUCUCAGUGUAGGUAGGACCACUGGUGCCCAACUACUGCUGCAUGCGUCUGCCUGUACGGGCUAGAGGCUCACGCCAUAGGCAUCUGGGGCCUGGAGAUGGCUAA